AUGGAGCCGGCGCGCACCGGGCGGAGCCUGCGGGCGCCGCCGCCGCCGCCGCCGCUGCUGCUGCUGCUGCUCCUGCAGGUGGCGGGGCCGGCGGGCGCCCUGGCCGAGACCCUGCUGGACGCGUCGAGGGCCGUGGGCGCCAGCUCCAGCCCGCCCAGCCCCGCGAGCGUGGUGGCUCCCGGGACCGCGCCGUUCGAGGAGAGCCGGCUGCCGGUGUUCACCCUGGAUUACCCCCACGUGCAGAUCCCCUUCGAGAUCACCCUGUGGAUCCUGCUGGCCUCCCUGGCGAAGAUAGGCUUCCAUCUGUAUCACAAGUUGCCCACGAUAGUGCCGGAGAGCUGCCUUCUUAUAAUGGUUGGCCUGCUGCUAGGAGGGAUUAUUUUUGGGGUCGAUGAAAAGUCCCCCCCUGCGAUGAAGACUGAUGUGUUUUUCUUGUAUCUCCUCCCACCCAUUGUGCUUGACGCGGGCUAUUUCAUGCCCACACGCCCAUUCUUUGAGAACAUUGGCACCAUAUUCUGGUAUGCUGUGGUAGGGACCCUUUGGAAUUCCAUUGGCAUCGGGGUGUCUUUGUAUGGUAUCUGCCAGAUUGAAGCCUUUGGCCUGAGUGACAUCACCCUGCUCCAGAAUCUGCUCUUCGGCAGCUUGAUCUCAGCCGUGGACCCCGUGGCCGUGCUCGCCGUCUUUGAGAACAUUCAUGUCAAUGAGCAGCUCUACAUCCUGGUCUUCGGAGAGUCUCUGCUGAAUGAUGCAGUGACAGUGGUCCUGUACAACUUGUUCAAGUCUUUUUGCCAGAUGAAAACCAUUGAGACCAUUGACGUGUUUGCUGGAAUUGCAAACUUCUUUGUUGUGGGAAUUGGUGGGGUGUUGAUUGGCAUCUUCCUGGGAUUUAUAGCAGCAUUUACUACUCGGUUCACGCAUAACAUCCGAGUGAUUGAGCCACUCUUUGUCUUCCUGUACAGUUAUUUGUCCUAUAUAACAGCCGAAAUGUUUCACCUCUCAGGUAUCAUGGCAAUCACUGCUUGUGCAAUGACUAUGAAUAAGUAUGUGGAAGAAAACGUAUCUCAAAAGUCCUACACAACCAUCAAGUACUUCAUGAAGAUGCUGAGCAGUGUCAGCGAGACCCUGAUCUUCAUCUUCAUGGGCGUGUCCACUGUUGGGAAGAACCACGAGUGGAACUGGGCCUUCGUGUGCUUCACACUUGCCUUCUGUCUCAUCUGGCGAGCACUGGGUGUCUUUGUCCUGACUCAGGUCAUUAACUGGUUCCGGACGAUCCCCCUGACCUUUAAGGAUCAGUUCAUCAUCGCCUAUGGAGGGCUCCGAGGUGCCAUCUGCUUUGCGCUUGUGUUUCUCCUACCUGCUGCUGUGUUUCCUAGGAAAAAGCUGUUCAUUACAGCUGCGAUUGUUGUCAUAUUCUUUACUGUCUUCAUCCUGGGAAUUACUAUCCGACCACUAGUGGAAUUUCUUGAUGUUAAGAGGUCCAAUAAGAAACAGCAAGCAGUCAGUGAAGAAAUCCAUUGCCGGUUUUUUGAUCAUGUGAAGACUGGGAUUGAAGAUGUUUGUGGACAUUGGGGUCACAACUUUUGGAGAGACAAGUUUAAGAAGUUCGAUGACAAAUACCUGCGGAAGCUUUUGAUUCGAGAAAACCAACCCAAAUCAAGCAUUGUGUCUUUAUAUAAAAAGCUUGAAAUAAAACAUGCCAUUGAGAUGGCGGAGACGGGGAUGAUAAGUGCUGUUCCUUCUUUUGCAUCUCUGAAUGAUUGCCGGGAAGAAAAAAUAAGGAAGCUCACACCUGGUGAAAUGGAUGAAAUUCGAGAAAUAUUAUCCAGAAAUCUCUAUCAAAUCCGUCAGCGAACUUUGUCCUACAACAGACACAAUCUGACGACCGACACAAGUGAGCGACAAGCUAAAGAGAUUCUGAUCCGACGAAGGCACAGUUUGCGAGAAAGCAUCAGGAAAGACAGCAGCUUGAACCACGAGCGCAGGGCUUCCACUUCAGCCUCUCGAUAUUUAUCCUUACCAAAAAAUACAAAGCUUCCAGAAAAGCUACAAAAGAAAAAGAAUAUUUCCAAUACAGGUGGCAAUAGCAGUGACUCAGACACAGAUGUCGGGACCACCGUCCUCAAUUUGCAGCCCCGAGCAAGGCGCUUCUUGCCAGAACAGUUCUCAAAGAAAGCCCCGCAGUCCUGUAAAAUGGAAUGGAAGAAUGAGGUAGACGUUGAUUUGGGACAGGGGCAGCCUUGUACCCCCGCAGCUCCCCACAGCAAAGAGGGGGGCACCCAGACCCCAGGCAUGCUCCGGCAGCCCCUUCUCUCCAAAGGCCAGUUUGGCCCAGUGCAGGAAGACAGCGUGACUGAAGGUAUCCGACCCAAGCCGCCACCCAGGCUGGUCCGGAGGGCAUCGGAGCCUGGCAACCGGAAAGCACGAUUUGGAAGUGAGAAGCCUUAAUGGAAAUGGCCAAAGCAGACCUGGGGUGACUGACCCAGCACCCCUGGCGUUGGUUACUCUUAAACCUGACACAACAGUGGGAUCCAUUUCAUACCCUCUAUGCAUCUAAAUCCUUUCUUUGGGUAGAAGAGUCAUACCAUUGAUUUAUGGGAUGGAUGCUUAACCCAAGAAGAGGAAAAAUCAAAGAAAAAAAGCCCUAUAAAAUGCCUUUUAUGACUUUUUGCUAGCAGUUGUAUUCUUCACAAGCCUAAAGAAAGAAAAUUGUGUGCCUUUAUUGAACUUGAAUGACAGAACUUGAAGUUUUUAACACACCUGUGCUGGUGAAAAUUUUAAUAUAUACAUAUAUGCCUCACAUUUUAUUUAUGAAAACCUAUGGAUAUCUGUAAUCAGUUUUUAAGCGAAGGGCGCUAAAAAUACUCAACAUCUCUCCAAGGUGUAAAGGGCAGCUCCCGGAGGAUGGUGGGCCAUCUGCUCAGAGUCAAGGUGUUUCCCCAUCUUGAGCUGCUGACCACUUGGUAAAGGACGAGCGCAGCAUGGAGCAGGGAUUCUUGGUGAACUCAGGCUGGGGAGGGAGUCAGAACAUCUAGGCAGAUGAGGAGGCCUGGCUCCCAUAGCGCAGAUUCCCAUAAAUAAUGAGUCUACUGGAUUUAAUUUAUUUGUUACUGUACGUUUGAGGGUAACAUAUAGAUUCCAUCUCUUGUUUGUGUUUGAAUGGUGCAAAGAGAAAGACUGUGUGGGUGACACGAUGUGUGACAGACUUGGUGGCAGCUUUGGACGAAGUUCCAGCAUGUGGGCCUCAUGGUAUAUGCGGGGAGACACCUGCUUACAUUUUGUUGGCAGGUUUUAUAUUGUGCAAUACUGGGAAGAGGAUGCAGGAGAUUCCCUUUCAUGCCCAUCUAUGACUACCGGCUUUAGAAUUUUUCUUAGAACAUUCUAGAACUUUGAAUACAGGUCAGAAGCUCCAAGCAGACCAUUUAGAUAAACAUAGUCCAAUGUUUAAUAAACUGGUGAGAGUUCAGGUUUUGAAAUUUAUUCAGGAAGUACUUUGGAGAAUGUAGGAGUUCUUUUUUUUAUUUUUUGCACUAGUCUGUAAUUUGUUACUUCUCGCCCCUCAAUAAAGUAGUGACAAGUUCUUCAUAUAAAAAUGGAUUCUACUCAUCUGAGUACUUUUUAAAAGUACAACAGAAAGACAAGAAGUGGAAUAUAAUCAUUAAAGAGUAAUAUUUGAAUUUUUGUCUCAAGCUGUAGAUUUUAUUGGCCUUUUUUUUUCCCCCUGAAAAACUCCUUAAAACUGGACUGGAAUGAGACUCUAAAUGUCUGGGUUUAAAUAUAAAUGAGGCCACACGAUAGUCUACUGAGAGCACAUUAGAGGUGCAGCAAAGGAUACAAAUGACCAUCAAAUUGUUAGUAGGAAAACAUGAAUAAAUUAAACAGGAAGAUUCAGGACUCAGAAAUCCCCAGCAGUGCUUCUCUUAUCUCCCUCCUCUACCCCCACCAAUGUGGAGAAAUAAAUCUUUUACCCUUUCUCUUAUCUUCUACAGUCUUGGAAUAGUGCUAAGAUUGUUGGGUGUGAGGCAGAGGAAAAGAUAAACAUACAAGGUACAAUUUCCUUCCCAAACUCUUCCACGUUGAUAAGUGGAAAGCAGUAUAGACACCCUUGAAAACUGUAAGCUUAGGAUUCUGUGCCAAAUAUCUUAAUUUUAACUGAAAAUAUUUAUAUUAAAAAUAUAUAUAUUUCAUCCGCUGAAAAGAAAUUAAAGUCAUUUUUAACUUAGAAUUUUAUUAUAGGAAUGUGAUUCAUCAAGAGAUGAGAUGUAUAUUUUUGAGAAUGCCAAGAGUAAAUUUUUAGAACUUAAUGAAAUCUGAAAAGAAAGGUUAAAGUAAAAUGACCUUAAAAAUAAAGUUCCUGAUUUUUUUUCUGGUGUCCUAGAAUACUGAAUAUUAUAAUAAGUCUAAUUUUCUGGAACCGAAGGAGAAAAUAUGAAAAUCUUUUUACAUUUCUUGUUAAACAGGUAUACCAAAUUUAGCUUACACUGAUUAAAAGUCAAUAAAGAAUCUGGUGGACAUGGUGUAAAUUUAAAAAAGCACUUAUGUCAUUAUCAGUUUAACGUUUUUUGUAUUUUUGAAUGACAAAAGCAAUGAAAAAUAAAUGUGACUUCAUUUUGUUUUUUCUCCAUACUUUUUUUCACAUAAAAUUAUUAAGUUCUAGACACUACAGGAGAGCAUAUGAAACUCCUUAAAUAUUGAAACAGUCUCAAUAUUCUGUGGUAGAGACCCAUCCCUGACCCUUUAUAAAUGACUCGCUAAUGCAAGCAAUACUUGAUCCAACCAAAGUUCCAGGGUGACUAUAGAAUUUUGAUGGGUCUUUGGUAUUUAACAAUUUUGACUUGAACUACCUGCAAGUGCAAAGUGUAGGCUUAUUUCUUUACCUGUAAUGCUAAGGGCUGAUUUUGGGAACAGGCCAGUUAGCAAACAACUAGAAAUUGACUCCAAAGCUCGAUACUUUUAAAAAAAUGUGCGUUUUGUGGAUAAGACCCCAGGAUAUCUGGGACAAAAUUCCCUUGGCUUUUACUAAUUUUCGUGGUGGGUAAGGGGAAUGUUUAUUUAUGUAAAAAACAUAGAGAAGUUAUUUAUUACAUGUCUCAGUAUGUUUUCCAUUUGUUGCACUACCCAAGUCAUGUUUAUGUUAAACCUGGCAUUUUAUAAACAAGUGUGAGAAUUGUAAUAUUUUGUUAGUUCAAAGUUCACACUUGACUUUCUUCUCUGAAGAGUGAUUAAAAAGAUUUCUUUGUCUGGUUGAAGUAGCUAUUGGCAUUAUCUGCCCAAGCCUGAACAUUGUAUGUUGAUUCCCUUUGUCAAGAUGAACAAGAAAGGCUUAUGACUCAACUGUCUGAUGAUCUGAGAUUUUGCGUGUGUGUGUGUGUGUGUGUGUAUGUGUGUGCUUAACUUUUAGAGCAAAAUGUGUAGCUUGCUGUUACUUUAUAUCCGACAUUUUAACCAGGCCCUUUCUUCAGUCUACUUGUAAGGCAGUGAGAGCCCAUUUGGGUAACUGAUGCCUGGCUGUGACCACAGCUCUUUGUUCAAGAGAAAUGACACCUCCCUUCAGAAUUUUUUUCCAAUGUCAUUCACUCCACGUGGCUUGACAUCCUUAAACGUGGUCACCCACUGCAGAUGUGCAGACGAAGCACCCACAUGAUUAGUUUUGAACGUCUCUACUGUUGUAAUGGUACAUAGUUUUUUGAUCCCUUUUGUCUUCUAACUUUCUACAAUUUUUUUCCAAAGAAAAUUCUAUUUUACUACCUCUAAAAAUAGUCGAUAAUGGUGGUCAGUUCUCUUACCUGUCCGGUCAGAGAAGAAGUGUUUCUAUGUGUAGAGUUAAUGUAUCUACUGUAAAUGGAUUAUCAAAUUUUCAAUCUGCAGAGCAUAUUGAUGAUUUUGAAUGGCUCAGAACCUACUUCAGGGCUUUUAUGUCACAGAUGUUUCAUGGGGAUCUGUUAUCCUUGUAUUGUACGAUAUGGAAAUGUCCCUCCAUGAGAUGGCCAGUAGACAGGAUGCCAGACACAUCGGCGGUGACUUUUCUGAUUUUCACUACUGUAACAAAACACCCUGAAUUAAAUAUGCAAAUGUUUUUCUCCCUUUUCUUUUUUUAUUUCACUGGGUCCUGUUAUGUCAUCAGUACAUGUGGUAACAAAAUUUGUAAUUUAAAUGAGGCUCUCUGCGUCCAGAGUUUGGAUUGCCAAACAGAAAUUUUAUAUAUGUAUACCGACAAAGAAUUUUUCUUGGUUUCUGUGAAAUGUACAAAAGUCUAAGUGUUAAAUCAGUAUGGAGUGGAAACAUUUAAUGGAAUAAACAUAAAUGAAAAUAUUUAAUCAUUAUGGAUAAUGCAUCACAAGAAACCAGGACAGCCCCCAAUUCCAAUUUUUACAUUUAUAUAUCAAAACCAUUCUCAUUUGUGAUAAAAUUGGGGUCAUAUAGCUGGAAUUAGUGAAAGGUAAGAAUUUAAAAGUAUUAAAAAUUUCAGUUGCCUUAGCUUCAAAUACACAUAAUAUUUCAAACAGGGCUAACACUGUUACUGUGUUAAAGAAACUUAAUGAAGAUUAUAACUGGUCCAUUAAUAUUCUACAUGUAAACGGACUAUUGUAAAGGGUUCAAAGAUAAUGCAUGCUCUGGAAUAUUAAGUGCUGCCUUCCCAAGCCAACUCAAGCAAGACAAAUUAGAUUAUUUUCAUCCACUGUCUUUACCAAAUGGCUUUUAAACAUUAUGCAGGGUUCUGUACCAACACAUCAAAUUUUUAGGUUUUCACUAACACACAGUUUUUGGCACCUGCUCAAAACUGUUUACUGUAUUUGCUACUAUAAGUAUCUGACUGUUGGGCAGCCAGUUUAAGUUCUUAUCUUUAGCUGGAAGGUUAUUUUGAAUGUGCUACAACUUGGCAUACUUGAUUGUUUUGUUCAUUCCAAAACGAUGGCACAGUGAAGGUGCUUUGAAGGUGGCCAGGAGAAAAUGCUCACCCUUAACCCUGUCAUGACCGCCUGACACUGUCAGAAAUUGGCUUCGUGAUGCCUAGGCCUGUGUUUCAGCCUGCAGCACAGACCAAAGCAAGCCCAGGACAUGUACCCAUUCACGUGCCCUCAGACCCACAGGGGCCAGACUCCAUAGUCAGCAGCAAAUGCAUUUAUUAUAUCAGUUCAUUCUGGAUAGUUCAUGUGGUUUUAGUUCCAUUAGGAAAACUCAGGAUAGGUUUAGGUGGGUCUAAGGUAUCACACAAUAAAAUAAUUUUCAGAAAAAAAAAAUAGUAAUUCUCAGUCUGGGGAAGCACCUGAGUUCCAGCGAUUCAAAAUGGAAGAGAUCCUUUGAUAAGCCCAAAGAAAGGUCAUUUCCUAUUCAGUGUUGUAAACUGCAACUAUUAAUAGGUAUUUUAACUACUUUUUUCCCCCAUAGUAUAUGCUUUUGAAAAAGGAUUUUUAUUUAUCAGGAUGUAGUAUAGUUUAAAUCAAGACUGAUCAAAAUACAAUUUUUUAUUCUAACAAGAUCCCUAUAGUCCACUUUUAUGCUGUAAUUUAUGCUAUAUAAUUACUGGUAGUAAUUAAUACCUCCUUCCUUAAUGUUUAUAAUUAUCUUUUCCCCUUGAGGAGCAGCACAAGCUGUUUAAGAGUAUCCAAUUCCAAAUUAAAAUCAGCAUUAUUUCUUACAAUGUACUGAAUCAGGAAAACAAAAAUUGUCUAUAUUAUCUUCAUGCACACCUGUCUGUAAAGUGGUGCGUCUAGGCGAUCUGGGAAAAAUGAGAAAUCUAAAGUAAAAUAAUGUUUUAAAAUAAGUUGGUAUUUGUGUACUUGAUAAAAAAUAAAUCCUACUGAUGAGAUGUCAUCUUAAAAUGAUUUGCUUGCCAAAGAUGUGCAAUAAAUUUCAGAUUAUAUAAA